GGGGGGAGUGGCGGCUGAAGUACGAGCGGGCAACACGGGAGAUCGACUUCACCAAAAAGCGGCUGCACCAGGAGUUUGAGGACAAACUGGAGGUGGAACAGCAGAACAAGCGGCAGCUGGAGCGACGGCUGACCGACUUGCAGGCUGACAGCGAGGAGACCCAGCGGGCCCUGCAGACCCUGAAGAAGAAAUGCCAGCGCCUGACGGCCGAGCUGCAGGACACUAAGCUGCACCUGGAAGGACAACAGGGCCGCAACCACGAGCUGGAGAAGAAGCAGCGCCGGUGAGGAGGAG